GCUCUCCUCCUGGCUCCCCCCCAAAACAAGAGAGCAAAGCAAAUGGCCCGGGUUCCCCCCCAAUGCCUGACCUGUGUUUGCAGGAGGAGAGCAGGAGAGGGAGCGCGCAUUCUGGAGCAGGCUCCUCUGACUCCGACCACAGGCUGUUUUGUGCAGGCUGUCCCUCUCCUUCGAAAUCAAGCAUCCCCUCCCCGAAGCAGCAGGCAGCGUGCCUCCAUUCGGCCACAUUUGGUAUGCAUGAGCACGGCUGCAGGGAGAGGGGAGGUGGCUUUCUUAAGAAGGUUCAGGGGCUCAGGAAACGCCACUUGACUAGACUCCCAAGUUCCAGGAAGCCUCUGCCCUAAUGGAAUUUGCAGGUGUGGAGAUGACCAUGGGAUGCCAGGGCCGUGGGGGACCGUUUAUUUUCUAGGCACUGCCCAGAUUUGCAGUUUCUUGUCUUCCCGGUGGAAUUUGGAAGGGGUCAUGAAUCAGACUGAUGCUUCUCGACCCCUAAAUUGGACCAUCCGGAAGCUAUGCCACGCAGCCUUUCUCCCAUCUGUCAGACUUCUCAAGGCUCAGAAAUCCUGGAUUGAAAGAGCAUUUUAUAAAAGAGAAUGUGUUCACAUCAUACCCAGCACCAAAGACCCCCAUAGGUGUUGCUGUGGACGCCUCAUAGGCCAGCAUGUCGGACUCACUCCCAGUAUCUCUGUGCUUCAAAAUGAGAAAAAUGAGAGUCGCCUCUCCCGGAAUGACAUCCAGUCUGAGAAGUGGUCUAUCAGCAAACACACUCAGCUCAGCCCAACAGACGCUUUUGGGACCAUUGAGUUCCAAGGAGGUGGCCAUUCCAACAAAGCUAUGUAUGUCCGAGUAUCUUUUGAUACGAAACCUGAUCUCUUGCUACACCUGAUGACCAAGGAAUGGCAACUGGAACUUCCCAAACUUCUCAUCUCCGUGCACGGAGGGCUGCAGAACUUUGAACUCCAGCCCAAACUCAAGCAAGUCUUCGGGAAGGGGCUCAUCAAAGCAGCCAUGACAACUGGAGCCUGGAUCUUCACUGGAGGGGUCAACACAGGUGUCAUUCGUCAUGUUGGGGAUGCCUUGAAAGACCAUGCAUCUAAGUCUCGAGGGAAGAUAUGUACCAUAGGUAUCGCCCCCUGGGGAAUUGUGGAAAACCAGGAAGACCUGAUUGGAAGAGAUGUAGUCCGACCAUACCAGACCAUGUCCAAUCCUAUGAGCAAGCUCACCGUUCUCAAUAGCAUGCACUCCCACUUCAUCCUGGCUGACAAUGGGACCACGGGGAAAUACGGAGCAGAGGUGAAACUCCGAAGACAACUGGAAAAGCACAUUUCACUCCAGAAGAUAAACACAAGAUGCCUGCCGUUUUUCUCUCUUGACUCCCGCUUGUUUUAUUCAUUUUGGGGUAGUUGCCAAUUAGACCCAAUUGGAAUCGGUCAAGGGGUUCCAGUGGUGGCUCUCAUCGUGGAAGGAGGACCCAAUGUGAUCUCAAUUGUUUUGGAAUACCUUCGAGACACCCCUCCUGUACCAGUCGUGGUCUGUGAUGGGAGUGGACGGGCAUCCGACAUCCUGGCAUUUGGGCAUAAAUAUUCAGAAGAAGGCGGACUUAUCAAUGAAUCUUUGAGGGACCAGCUGUUGGUGACAAUACAGAAGACCUUCACCUACACUCGAACCCAAGCUCAGCACCUGUUCAUAAUCCUCAUGGAAUGCAUGAAGAAGAAGGAACUGAUCACAGUGUUUCGAAUGGGAUCAGAAGGCCACCAGGACAUUGAUUUAGCUAUCCUGACAGCAUUACUCAAAGGCGCCAAUGCAUCCGCCCCAGACCAACUGAGCUUAGCUUUAGCCUGGAACAGAGUUGACAUCGCUCGCAGCCAGAUCUUUAUUUACGGGCAGCAGUGGCCGGUAGGGUCCCUGGAGCAAGCCAUGCUGGAUGCCCUAGUCCUGGACAGAGUGGAUUUUGUGAAAUUACUCAUAGAAAAUGGAGUAAGCAUGCACCGUUUUCUCACCAUCUCCAGACUAGAGGAACUGUACAAUACGAGACAUGGGCCCUCAAAUACAUUGUACCACUUGGUCAGGGAUGUCAAAAAGCGAGAGUAUCCAGGUUUCGGUUGGAUCUAUUUUAAGGGAAACCUGCCCCCGGACUACAGAAUCAGCCUGAUAGACAUUGGCCUGGUGAUCGAGUACCUGAUGGGCGGGGCUUACCGCUGCAACUACACGCGCAAGCGCUUUCGGACCCUCUACCACAAUCUCUUUGGCCCCAAAAGGCCCAAAGCCUUGAAACUGCUGGGAAUGGAGGAUGAUAUUCCCUUGAGGAGAGGACGGAAAACAACUAAGAAACGUGAGGAAGAGGUGGACAUCGACUUGGAUGACCCUGAGAUCAACCACUUUCCAUUCCCCUUCCAUGAGCUGAUGGUGUGGGCCGUCCUCAUGAAGAGACAGAAGAUGGCCCUGUUCUUCUGGCAACACGGAGAGGAGGCCAUGGCCAAAGCCCUGGUGGCCUGCAAGCUCUGCAAGGCCAUGGCUCACGAGGCUUCUGAGAAUGACAUGGUUGAUGACAUUUCCCAGGAGCUGAACCACAACUCCAGGGACUUUGGCCAGCUGGCUGUGGAGCUCCUGGACCAGUCCUACAAACAGGAUGAGCAGCUGGCCAUGAAGCUGCUGACGUAUGAGCUGAAGAACUGGAGUAAUGCCACAUGCCUGCAGCUGGCUGUGGCUGCCAAGCACCGUGACUUCAUUGCACACACGUGCAGCCAGAUGUUACUUACGGACAUGUGGAUGGGACGGCUCCGGAUGAGAAAGAACUCAGGCCUCAAGGUAAUUCUGGGAAUUCUACUUCCUCCUUCAAUUCUCAGCUUGGAGUUCAAGAACAAAGAUGACAUGCCCUAUAUGACUCAGGCCCAGGAGAUUCAUCUCCAAGAGAAGGAGCCGGAGGAGCCAGAGAAGCCCACAAAGGAAAAAGAUGAAGAGGACAUGGAGCUAACAGCAAUGUUGGGGCGAAGCAAUGGGGAAUCAUCCAGAAAGAAAGAUGAAGAAGAAGUUCAAAGCAGGCACCGGCUAAUCCCCGUGGGCCGAAAGAUCUAUGAGUUCUACAACGCGCCCAUCGUGAAGUUCUGGUUCUACACUCUGGCGUAUAUUGGAUACCUGAUGCUCUUCAACUACAUCGUGUUGGUGAAGAUGGAGCGCUGGCCUUCCACUCAGGAAUGGAUUGUCAUCUCCUACAUUUUCACUCUGGGAAUAGAGAAGAUGAGAGAGAUCCUGAUGUCGGAGCCGGGCAAGCUGCUGCAGAAGGUGAAGGUGUGGCUUCAGGAGUACUGGAACGUCACAGACCUCAUCGCCAUCCUUCUCUUCUCGGUGGGAAUGAUCCUUCGUCUUCAAGACCAGCCCUUCAGGAGUGACGGGAGGGUCAUCUACUGUGUGAACAUCAUUUAUUGGUAUAUCCGUUUGCUAGACAUCUUCGGCGUGAACAAGUAUCUGGGCCCAUAUGUGAUGAUGAUUGGGAAAAUGAUGAUAGACAUGAUGUACUUUGUCAUCAUUAUGCUGGUGGUGCUGAUGAGCUUUGGGGUCGCCAGGCAAGCCAUUCUCUUUCCCAAUGAGGAGCCAUCUUGGAAACUGGCCAAGAAUAUCUUCUACAUGCCUUAUUGGAUGAUUUAUGGGGAAGUGUUUGCUGACCAGAUAGACCGUAAGCAAGUUUAUGAUUCUCAUACACCAAAGUCAGCUCCCUGUGGACAGAAUGAGACCCGAGAGGAUGGCAAGACAAUCCAGCUGCCCCCAUGCAAGACAGGAGCAUGGAUUGUCCCGGCCAUCAUGGCCUGCUACCUCUUGGUGGCGAACAUCCUUCUGGUCAACCUCCUUAUUGCUGUCUUCAACAAUACAUUUUUUGAGGUCAAGUCGAUAUCCAACCAAGUAUGGAAAUUUCAGAGGUACCAGCUCAUCAUGACUUUCCACGAAAGGCCGGUUCUGCCCCCACCGCUCAUCAUCUUCAGUCACAUGACCAUGAUCUUCCAGCAUGUGUGCUGCCGGUGGAGAAAGCAUGAGAGUGACCAAGACGAAAGGGACUACGGCCUGAAACUCUUCAUAACUGAUGAUGAGCUCAAGAAAGUACACGAUUUUGAAGAGCAGUGCAUAGAGGAAUAUUUCCGAGAGAAGGAUGAUCGCUUCAAUUCGUCCAACGAUGAGAGGAUACGUGUUACAUCAGAAAGGGUGGAGAACAUGUCCAUGAGGCUGGAGGAAGUUAAUGAGAGAGAACAUUCCAUGAAGGCUUCACUCCAGACCGUGGACAUCCGGCUAGCACAGCUGGAGGACCUCAUCGGGCGCAUGGCCACCGCCCUGGAGCGCCUGACUGGUCUGGAGCGGGCAGAGUCUAACAAAAUCCGCUCAAGGACCUCCUCAGACUGCACAGAUGCAGCCUACAUCGUCCGCCAGAGCAGCUUCAACAGCCAGGAAGGGAACACCUUCAAACUUCAAGAGAGUAUAGACCCUGCAGGUGAGGAGACCAUGUCCCCAACUUCUCCAACCUUAAUGCCCCGUAUGCGAAGCCAUUCUUUCUAUUCAGUCAAUGUGAAAGACAAAGGAGGUAUAGAAAAGUUGGAAAGCAUUUUCAAAGAAAGGUCCCUGAGCUUACACCGAGCUACUAGCUCCCACUCAGUAGCAAAAGAACCCAAAGCUCCUGCAGCCCCUGCAAACACCUUGACCAUUGUUCCUGACUCCAGAAGACCAUCAUCUUGCAUAGACAUCUAUGUCUCUGCCAUGGACGAGCUCCAGUGUGAUAUAGAGCCUCUGGAUCAUUCCAUGAACAUCCUUGGGCUGGGCGAGCCAAGCUUUUCAGCUCUAGCACCUUCCACAGCCCCGUCAAGUAGUGCCUAUGCAACGCUCGCACCUACAGACCGACCUCCCAGUAGGAGCAUUGAUUUUGAAGACCUCACCUCCAUGGACACUAGAUCUUUUUCUUCAGACUAUACCCACCUCCCAGAAUGCCAAAACCCCUGGGACACAGACCCUCCAACGUACCAUACCAUCGAGCGUUCCAAGAGUAGCCGCUACCUAGCCACCACGCCCUUUCUUCUGGAAGAGGCCCCCAUUGUAAAAUCCCAUAGCUUUAUGUUUUCUCCUUCAAGGAGCUACUACGCCAACUUUGGGGUGCCCGUGAAAACGGCAGAAUACACAAGUAUUACAGACUGUAUCGACACAAGAUGUGUCAAUGCCCCCCAAGCAAUAGCUGACCGAGCCACCUUCCCUGGAGGUCUCGGAGACAAAGUGGAAGAUUUAUCUUGUUGCCACCCUGAGCGAGAAGCAGAGCUGAGCCAUCCUAGCUCUGACAGUGAGGAAAAUGAGGCCAGAGGCCAGAGAGCUGCCAAUCCGAUAUCCUCUCAGGAGGCUGAAAAUGCAGACAGAACCCUAUCCAACAACAUCACGGUUCCCAAGAUAGAGCGCGCCAACAGUUACUCGGCGGAGGAGCCAAACGUGCCAUAUGCACAUACCAGAAAGAGCUUCUCCAUCAGUGACAAGCUUGAUAGACAGAGGAAUACGGCGAGCCUCCGAAACCCCUUCCAGAGAAGUAAGUCCUCCAAGCCGGAAGGCCGAGGGGACAGCCUAUCCAUGAGGAGACUGUCUAGAACAUCGGCCUUUCAUAGCUUUGAAAGCAAGCACAACUAAACCGGCUUACCGUGUGUUGCAGGAGGCUCGAGAAUCCAGCACUAAAAUUCUUCCCAAUGCCCACCACCAUGUUCCCCCUUCCUUGAGUUAGACCUGCUUUAUUCUUAGCUGAGCAAAACAAUGGGAGACAUUAACUCAAAGGUAACCUCUGGGCCACAGGUCAAGCAAGCAUUCCAUCUGGUCCAGUACAAUACACAGGGGUUAAAGCAUGUUCCUAUCUGUUGGGCAGGGAGGGGUAAAGACAACAGACAGGGGCUAGAGAUGAAUGGGUGUCACCAGGCACCAGAGAAAGUCAUGAACUCUGGGGAGCCAAUGGGCUUCAGCACUCUCCAUGCCAACAGGCAUCAUGGGAUUUUGGCCCUGUUAUCAAGAGUCGAGGGCUAAAUUGCAAAAUGAAAUAAGAGUAGGCAGCGUACAAGAUGAGAUAUUCUAAACUUCCGUUCUGUUUUCUUUUCACAUUGGUUCCAUCACUGGUGACUGAUGAAGAACAUCCUUUUUAUUCAGUAUAAGCCGGCAGCAAGCAGUUCUACCUAACGUCCCACAUCCUUCUCAUGCCAACACCUCUGUAAUUGGUCAUUAUAAAGAAAACCAAGGUAACAGUCAUAUAUACAGUUCACCUGUCUCUUAUCUAUUCACCUCUGGUGCCACAACUGUUUAUCUCUUUAGAAGAAAAUAAGGGAACAGAAAAAAAAAUGCCUUUUUUUUGUCUUGUGAUCAAAAUGAAAGAAGAAUUGAUGUUGAAAGCAAAAGUCAUAUGAUUUAUAAUAUACCACGGGCAAUCAAGUAUAGUCAAGGAAGCUCAGGAUGAAUGUACUCAGAUACUUUUAUAUUUGUAAGUUAUUUUGUAUCUCACCUGUCAUCCAAGAAUUCACCUGUCAAAUGUGUAAUAUUGAACUUUAAGGAAAAGGUGGGAAGAUCUAACAUUAAAUUGCCAGUGGGAUGUUGUCAUAGUCUCACCGUUCAUAGUGUGUGACGCUGCUGUGUGGGCCUUCAUCAUCUGCAUGUCUCCACUAUGUCCUCCAGACACCUCCAAGAUGUAACUGCCAAAUUUCCAUACUGCUCAUCACGUGACCAUUUUGUAUUUGAACACAUGGUUAUAUGUGGAUAUUUUCAUACCUAGAGUUUUAGCCAUCUAAUCUGGGCUCAGCAUAAAUUUAAUCAGAGUUUUUCAAGGGCUGGUAUCUUUUUUAUGGAAAUGUUCCAAAGUACUUUUUAAGGAAGUUUAAAAACCAUAAAUAACCUUAGAUUUGACUAGGGGCUUGAUAGCAACCCAAACCCAUCAGUUGCAGGUAGGCCAUGAAUGUUUCUUAUUUACAAAGCUAUAAAAAAGAUACAGUAGGGCCAAAAUAGAAAGCAAAUUUACCAUAUACAGAAUUCUAUAGUUUAUGCUGCUUACAUAUACAUCCACAUACAGACUCAUGUUUAUAUACAGUAUAUAUACAGACACAUAAAGAUUUCUUAAAAGGCUUUGACUUUCUGUCAUCUGACGGUAUACUAUUUUUUAGUGUCCAAGAAGUUUCUCUGGAAAAAGUUUAUUGUGCUAUUGGAUCCACUGUUGAAAUUGUAAUUUUCAAAAGAAAAAUAUCUCUGGUCUUCACCUGUCUUUUCACUGAACAAGAACUGUCAAAAUGGUCUCCUCCCUCCCUCCCCCCCAUGGGAUCCUUCAUGAGAUCCUUGUCAUGAGAUCCUUCACUCUGGUUGCUCUGACACAAAGCUAUUACCACCAAAUACAAUCUGAAUAGAUGAGUGCUUCUAAGCCAGUUUGUAUUACACCAUCUAGAAUGGAGGCAUAUGUUUCUAGAAUAGAACCUGGACUUGAAGGGGAAUAAAGAAAUCUUGACCACAGAACUUUGGAUUCCUAUUUAGAUCAUUGAACACAAAGUCUUUAAGAAAAAUGGUUUGGGGCCAGGAAUAGUGGUAAUGUUCACUGUGUGUGAUUCUGGGCACUUGGGAAAAAAAGGAGGAAAAUGAGGAAGUGAGAGUCAACCUCUGGUACAUAGCAAGUUCAAGGCCA